CUCCAUUAUCGGCUGCGUAAUCACUCGAAAAGGACAUUCCUUGCCCGUUUGCCUGCGGUGUCGCCUGCCAUGGCUGCCGUGGUUCCGAGCGUGUUUGACGGCAUCUCCCGUGCCGACCUGGACGGCUUCAUUUCUGACUUGGAGUCAAAGUUCGGCGAGGCGACCGUGGUGCAGAGAGCGGCGUCAUUCUUGCAAGCGGUGCAGGCGCCUGCGUUGGCACAGGCAAAGGUGGAUCUCGAAGCAGCGAAGCUUGAGGACGGUGCAUGGGUCACAGACAACUUGUUGUUAUUGCGGGCGGCCAUGUCUGCUGAGUCUGACGCCAGUGGCGUAAGCAAUCGAGGUGAUGCUGCCGCGCAGUCUGCUCGCGGCGGCGCGGGAGAAGAUGACGCGAACACCCGCGCCCUGGUGCCCGAGAAUUCGACGCCUCCGAUUGUGGGCCGCCUCAUUCUUCAUCCACGGGCCCCUCCAGUGGGAGAUCGAACGGCCUGCCGCAAGUGGAUCGAGAACAUCCCCCCAGCCGCUCUCCGGGGUGGACUUCGAGAAGCUGCCCCGAAGCCGCGAGGAGCAGAGGUGCAGCUCACCUUCGCGGGCGCGACGGUGACAGCCUUCGACGAGGCCAUCAAGCUUGCGCUGCAAGAGUUCGGUAAGGUGCAGCGCUUCAGCCAGGAGGAGUCGAACAGCAUCGUCGAGAAUGACCAAUCGCUCAAGCGGUCUCGUCAAGCAGCGGCCGCCGCGGUCGGAGAUGCCACGGGCACGAAGGAGUUGUUGAACAGGGCGAUGAAUCUCGCAGGCCCAGGUGGGAAAGCGAGCAAAAAGCGUCGCAUGGCCCAGCGCGUGGUAAAGAGCUUCGAGCUGGCCCAGCGCGUAGCCUCGGCUAACCUUCGCGAAGCGCAGGUUGAGCCCGAGUCGGAUGACGAGGAGGAGUGAUCCACGCGGUUGCGCAUUUUUGUAGCCUGUGGCAAGGGCGCCAUCUUCAGCAGCCCUGGCGCGCUCGUCCGCUUUGCACGUGCGGGCGUCUGUAGCGUUGUUGUCUCUCUGUCGCAGCUAGCCUGUCGCGGCCUGCGACCGAAUCGGUUGAUAUCACGAGGCGCGCACGCGACCCAUGCGGCGCCUGUGCGAGAAGGCCUCGCUCUGUAACGUUAGGCAGCUGUCUGCGCGCGGCGGGCCCUUCCUGUCCCGGGCCCGCCCAUCGCCCCCAGUUUAUCAUUCUUCUUCCGCGUUGAGCCCGCCCCCUCUUACAUGAACCCUGACCACUCAUCGCGCCCCCAUCCUUCGCCUGGAGCGCUUGCAGGAAGCUCGGCCAUGAUAGUGACUCUGGGCACAUCGCGACUGCGCUCUGUCGAAUAGGCGGAGCUUGUUUCGAGGGGGCCCGUCGCGCCCGACACUCGCGGUGCGAGCGAAGGGGCCGCGAACAAAUCGUUGCUAUCAUCGCUUUGUUGCUUCAUGGGCUCGGCGAUGCUUCGAGGGAGCGCGCUGGGGAGCGUGAGGAGUGAAC